AUGGUCCUUUACGUCGUCGGAUUGGGGUUAUGGGAUGAGAAGGAUAUCACACUAAGAGGUUUGGAAGCAGUACGUGGAAGUGUACGGGUAUAUUUGGAAGCAUAUACUUCAAUCUUAAUGUCAAAAGAUUAUCAAAGAAAUUUGGAAGAAUUAUACGGAAAAUCAAUCAUACUGGCUCACCGAGAAACAGUUGAAUUAGAAUCAGAUGCAAUCUUGGCAAAUGCACAAAACGAUGACGUUUCAUUUUGUGUUGUUGGCGAUCCAUUGAGCGCUACUACACAUACAGAUUUGAUCUUACGGGCACGUCAAUCCGUUCCACCAAUCCCAGUCAAGAUCAUCCAUAAUGCAAGUAUCAUGACAGCAAUCGCAUCUAGUGGCUUGCAACCAUACAACUUUGGUCAAACGAUAAGCGUACCUUUUUGGACUGAAACAUGGAAACCGGAUAGUUGGAUGGCAAGAAUAGCAGAGAACAUGCAAAUCGGAAAUCACACUUUAGUCUUGAGUGAUAUCAAAGUACGUGAACAAAGUGAACAUGAUAUGGCACGUGGAAUCGAACGUUUUCAACCUCCAAGGUAUAUGAUGAUUCCACAAUUGAUCACACAAUUGCUGGCAGCUUCUUCGCAUGCAACAGCAACUGAACAACCACAGAAUGCAGUCUUAUCAGCAGAUUCAACGUUGGCAGUCGCAUUAUGCAGAAUGGGAACAGAUACCGAAUUGAUUCUUGCAGGAACAUUGGGAGAGUUGUUGGCAUUGGCAUCGCCAAGUAUAGAAGAAUUACAAGCAGAAGAAGAACAAGAUGAUGCAGAUGAAAUGGCAUCAGAACAAGAAUUAGAGAAAAGAAGAGCUGAAAGAGCGCAAAUACGUGCAAUUAAGGCUUUUGGACCGCCUCUACAUAGUUUGGUCUUGGUCGGGAAGAGAUUGCAUCAUCUCGAAAGGGAUUACGCUGCUAUGCAUAAAGUGCCAGGAAGCAAAUGGGAUGAAGUAGCAAGGCAGGUGUACGAAUGCAAGGAAGAGUGA